AUGCCCACCGAGGAUCCCUUGCAAGUUCUCAUGAAAAAGCUUUCGGGACUUUUGGAUUCAACUUCGACAAAAAAUUUGGCAAGCUUGCGUGUUGCGGUUGAAAAAACCUAUGAGACUCUAUCGGAGUCACAGAAAUCUGAUGUCUUAGAAGUGAUUGGUAAAGUACCUUGUGCUAUGGCUGGGAUGCUGGUUCAAAAGCCAUCACAAGUUGCCGGUCGAAAGACCCUCUUUUGCAAAGAAUGUGACUUUGGUCAGCAUGCAAAUGGAGAGAAGUCCAAGAGUGACAUCCGUGCCUUUGAAGAGCUGUGGGCGAUUUUCGACUUCAUCUUGCCAAAGCUCACGCGCACCCCUGGUCCCCGGAUAGGGGCAAUGAUCACCCUAAGAAGGAUUCUCAUGCACUCCCCCAGCGUCGAUCAGAUGCAUCUUUCGGCAUCUACGCCCGGGGAAUUCUGCCUUCAUUCUCUGCGUAGCUCUAUUCGCGAACUUCGUGUUGCAACUGGGCACUCGGUCGUGGCUUUUGUUCGAUCAUCUCUGCCAUCAGAAAUUCGCCGUGCCAAUUUUGUGAUAGUACUUGAGUGGCUUAAAAAUUUGGCUGAGAAGAAUGACAUGCCUCUUCAUGAAGCAUGCGUACUGACACUCUGCCAACUUGCAAAAUUUUCUGAUGAAGAGGAGCGCAACAUAAUUCUAUUGCGUCUAUUGGAGUAUCUUGGUCACCCAAACCCUUACAUCUGCGCGGUUGCAUAUAAUGAGCUGUUCAAGCUUGCUCAGCAGUUUGCACUGACGCCCGCCGGCUUGUUUCGCCCUUACUGGAGGACGCUCUCGGUGGCUGUCGUCAAAAAUCUUCAAUCCAGACCCUAUAUGGCAGAACAACUCUGUGAACUGUUGGGAAUGAAGGUUGACAGCUUUCUUCGGCUCACAGAGGUACAUGUCCUCCCUUAUCUCGUUUUGACUAGAAAAAGAGAUAUCAUCUGCAGGAUCGGUGCGGGCCGUACUGAAGGAGAGACGCCAUUUGAUGUCUGCUCAGAGAAGAAUAACCUCGCCGCAAUUCUCGCCUUUCUUCUGGCUCAAGAGUCCAAUAACCCUGAGGUAAUGAUCAUGUCUCUUCUCGCCGAGAUAGAUCCUGCCUUCAAAGGUAGGACUCUAGCAGAGUUAGUACGAAUCGAGCCAAUUCUCAUCGCUUGCGAUUUGUUGAAGAGCCUUGGGGGCGCCGGUGAGCAUAACAAGGAGAGAUUCCACCAAGCCCUUCGUCGCCUAGCUACGUUUGUUCCACGAAAGGUCACUCACGGAAAUUCGGCCAAGAAGGCUGAUUUAUUGAGCCACUUCAUUGAAGAGCACGUUCUUGGUAUCAUCACGCAGUUUGCAAAUGCCAUCAAUGAUUUCCAAGUACGGCAAACACUCGCCGAAAAGAAACGAAAUCUGAAGGCGAUCGAGGAGAUGAUCAAUAUUUCCCGAGGCCAUGUCAGUAACGCAUUGCCCCAAGUCUGCGCAUGUCUGCGUUCUGCGCUCGAUAUCGAAGAACUUUGUGAUCACGCCUUCUCGGCCUGGAAGACAUUGAUCAGUUCGCUCAGUGAAGAAGAUAUUGAGCCGCUGGUUGACCAGACCUUUGCCAUUGUUAUCAAGUAUUGGCAGACUUUGACCGGAGACAGCAGGGCUCACGCUUAUCAACUCAUUGAUCAUAUUCUCACCAAUUUCCCGAAUCUUGUCCGGGAUACAUUCAACACUAUGCCGUCGCUUGCCCCCAUUCCUGAAAUGGCUGCACUUGAGGCAAGGAUCAAUGAGCUGCGAGCUGAUAUGGAUGUUCGAAGCCGAUUCUUAGCCUUGAUUCGCCGCUGUCAAAGUGAGAAUGCCACGGUCGUUGAACAAGCGUUGGGGGAGUUAUUACCUUUUCUCGCCACGAAUGAAGAGUUCCUACAUGUGUCUGUUCUCAGCGAGCAACCGGACCCUGUCAUUGCACAGUUGACAAGAGUGCUACUGGACUGCUGUGUCAAAUUUAACACCAGUUCCGACUGUAUCACCUUGUUGUCUGCUCGAUGUCUGGGUCACGUUGGAUGUCUCGAUCCGAAUCGCGUUGAGACUAUCAAGGAGAAGAAAGAUAUACUCGUAUUGUCCAAUUUCGACCGCAUGGAAGAGACAGUGGAAUUUGUUCUUUUCUUCCUACAGAAUGUGCUGGUUGAAGCAUUCCUUUCCGCUUCCAAUACUCGCGCCCAGGGGUUCCUUGCAUAUGCCAUGCAAGGGCUCCUCAAGAUUGUUCACCUACAUACAGCGGUUACUCAGCGGUCCCGAGAUCUCCAAGGUGAUGAGAAGUACCAAAGAUGGAUGGAGCUACCAGAGGGCAUUCGGAAUACGUUGACUCCUUUCCUCACUUCGACGUACACCGUAACCAUUGUUGCAACUAACCCAAAAGUUGAAUAUCCUUUGUUUUCUCCCGAGAAAACUCAUAGUGAAUGGCUUCGAGGCCUGGUGCAAGAUCUGCUUCAAACCGGUAAUGCAGACAACGCUCGACUGAUUUUCACGGUCUGUAGUCGCGUUGUGAAAGGACAAGAUAUCUCCAUAUCUUCGUUCCUUCUUCCAUUCGCUGUUCUCAAUCGUGUUGUAGGGGGUACUGUGCAAGAGCAGGAGGACAUACAAAAAGAGCUGCUGAACGUGCUUUCCCACCCUCUUCCAGAUACCACCAACCAUGCCCGCGAGACAAUUAUAUGCUGCAGUCAGGAUCGCUUCCAGAGCGUCUUCGAUGUCUUAGACUACCUCUCGCGUUGGCUUCAGGGCAAGAAAAAACAGCUCAAUGGCAUGGGGAAUCAAAACCAGUCUUACCAAUCCAGCCGCUCCCACAAAGAUACUAGUCGGGAUACUCUCCUUGAAAAAUAUUCUUCACAAAUCAAAUCUGUCGAGAACCUUCUAAGCUCGAUCCCGCCUGAAAUUAUCUCCAAGCGUGCGGUGGAAUGCAAGUCUUUUUCCCGGGCCUUGUUCCAUUGGGAACAAUACAUUCGCAAAUGCAAUUCACGUGAAGAGCCUCAGGGGGCCUCUAGUUCGGAGCACCUGUAUCAGCGACUACAGGAUAUCUAUAGUCAAAUAGACGAACCCGACGGGAUCGAAGGCAUAUCAAGUCAUUUAUCAGUCUUGAAUGUUGAUCAGCAGGUCCUAGAGCACCGGAAGGCAGGAAGAUGGGCUACCGCACAGAGCUGGUAUGAGCUCCAGCUUGAAAAGGAACCUGCAAACAUGGAAGCUCAGUGGAACCUUAUCACCUGCCUGAAAGAGUCUGGUCAACACGAUGCGAUUCUCACCCGGUUUGAAGCCCUUAGAGAGAAUGAAGGAAUCGCCACGUCUCGGUUCCUUCCAUUCGCUAUAGAAGCUUCAUGGAUAACGGGGCGAUGGACGAAGCUCAAAGGCUACCUUGAUUUAUGUGCCCGGCAAGGCACUGGUGACUUCAAUGUUGGAAUUGGGUCAGCUCUCCAUAUGCUCCAAGGACGAAGAGACAGUGACGGGAAGGUUUCAACAGAGAAGUCGCAAGAAUUCACCAGGACCGUCAAUGAUCUUAGACUGAACAUUGCAAAGUCCUUGACAGCCAAUUCCGUGACUUCUUUACAAUCUUGUCAUGACGAUAUGCUCAAAUUACAUGCGCUGACAGAUGUUGAAGCCAUUGCAAACUCUCGGAGUAAACUCAUUCCAUAUGCGGACUUGCCAUCUGCUUUGACGCGGCGGCUGGAUGUCUUGGGAGGGUAUAUUGCAGACAAGCAGUACCUUUUGGGCGUGAGACGAGCAGCAAUGGAAUUGACCGGUGACUUUGAUGAUGCUGAUAUCUCGACCGCGUGGCUUACGAGUGCCCACCUCUCCCGAAAGGGCAACUUCACUAGUCAGGCAUACCAUUCAAUGCUCAAUGCAGCCAGACUCAAAGACCAGGCGGCUACCAAUGAGCACGCCAAGCUUCUCUGGCAAGAUGGGCACCAUCGGAAAGCUAUCCAGACAUUGGAAGGAGCUAUUGCUACUAGUGAAACGGCCCCGUCAGCAUCUAAUUCGGUUGAAUCGGAUACUGCAUCUUUUGCCUCUGGUCGCGGGAGAAAACAAAAUGAUGUCUCUGCCAAGGCCCAUCUCAUGUUAGCAAAAUGGACGGACAGAGCUGGCCAGACCCACUCACAGGCUAUUGUCCAGCGAUAUCGAGAAGCCAUCAAGCUAUAUCCAAGGUGGGAGAAGGCCCACUACUACUUGGGAAAGCAUUACAACAAGAUACUCGAUUCAGAGAAGGCCAAGCCUAUGGGCAAAGAGGCUCAAAUUUACCUGAGUGGAGAAGCUACCAAGCUAGUGAUUGACAAUUACCUUCGAUCGCUGACGUAUGGAAGCAAAUAUGUCUUUCAGACACUACCGAAACUUCUGACUCUAUGGCUCGAGCACGCAUCCAUUGUUGACCAGCCUCUUGACCCCAAGAGAGGAGAUAAUGAGGAAUUCCAGAGACAUACCAAAGCACAGCGUCAAAAGAGUUUGGAUGAAAUGCACGCGCAACUCAGAAAAUACAUCUCGUCUCGUCUACAGCCAGCUCUAUUGUUCACUAUACUGCCACAGGUGGUUGCCCGAAUCUGCCACCCUAAUACCACUGUCUAUGAUCUCCUUACACGUAUUGUGGCCAAGGCUGUUCAUCAUUUCCCGCAGCAGGGCCUAUGGACAGUUCUUGCGGUGGUGAAAUCUUCUAACAGGGAUCGGGCUUCGAAAGGCUAUAACUGCCUUCAGAAAAUCACGGAUUACACCAACAAACACAAGGCAGACGCGACGGGAUCUGAUAUUCGACGCAUGAUAAACCAAGGUCAAAAAUUCGCCGAAGAAUUGCUGUCAUUGUGUCUUGCACGGGUCGAAGACCGGGUCUCUCUGAUUCAUCUUGCUCGACAUGUUGGAUUCAACCACAAGGUUGCGCCAUGCCGGCUUGUGGUGCCAUUCCAAGCUAUGUUGAUUCCAAGUCUCCCAGCAAGCCAUGACAUGGAGUAUCUGAAAGGGUUCAGGGCCUUCCCCCGUGACCCAACUACAAUUGAAGCCGUACUCGAUGAGGCCCAGAUUCUCAACUCCCUCCAAAAGCCCCGACGGAUCAGCAUUCGAGGCUCCGAUGGGAAGAUUUACAAUGCGCUUUGUAAACCCAAGGACGAUCUACGAAAAGACCAGCGUCUCAUGGAAUUCAACAACUUGAUCAACCGAUCUUUGAAGAGGGAUGUUGAAGCGAGUAAACGAAGGAUGUACAUCAAGACUUACGCCGUGACCCCCUUGAAUGAAGAGUGCGGCCUCAUUGAAUGGGUCGACAACCUCCGCACUCUAAGAGAAAUUGUCAUCAAACUUCUCCGGGAAAGGGGCAUCUCACCAAAUUACACCGAAAUCAAGCAUUAUCUGAAUGAGAUUUGCGGAGACCGCACGAACACUAAGCUGCAUCUUUUCACAACUAAGAUCCUCGCAAAGCUUCCACCGGUGUUGCAUGAAUGGUUUGUUGAGAUGUUCCCAGAAACUGAGGCUUGGUUUACUGCAAGAUUGCGAUACACUCGGUCUUCGGCCGUGAUGUCUAUGGUUGGCUAUGUUCUAGGACUGGGGGAUCGGCACGGUGAAAACCUAUCCUUCGAGGAAGGUACCGGUGGUAUUCUCCAUGUCGAUUUCAACUGUCUUUUUGACAAGGGACAAACUUUCGAAAAGCCUGAACUCGUGCCGUUUCGACUCACCCACAAUAUGAUUGAUGCCUUCGGCGCCUACGGUUACAAUGGGCCCUUUCGACGGACCUGCGAGAUAAGCCUGGGCCUCUUGCGACAAAACGAAGAUGCGUUGAUGACUGUCCUGGAAACCUUCCUCCAUGACCCAACUACCGAUUUCAUUGGGAAACGACGGCGCAAUCAUACUAAUGUCCCCGACACACCCGCUGGUGUCCUAGAGGACGUUCGUAAUAAGCUGCGGGGGUUCAUGUCCAAGCAACCCAUUCCACUUUCGGUGGAUGGUCAGGUCGAUGAACUCAUCGUGCAAGCAACCGAUAAGAAGAACUUAGCAGCAAUGUACAUCGGAUGGUGCGCCUUCUUUUAA